AUGACUCCCAAGCCCUUCAAGGUCAUCAUCGCCGGUGGCAGCAUUGCAGGUUUAUCCCUGGCCCUAAUGCUAGGGAAGAAUGGCAUCGACUUCCUAGUUCUCAAGGCUUACCCGAGCAUCGCACCCCAAGUUGGUGCAAGUAUUGGCCUCUUGCCAACCGUCCUACGCAGCCUUGACCAACUAGGAUGCUAUGAGUCGGUUAUGGAGAUGGCCGAAUACUCAAUGGAUAAAAAGAACUUUAACCAGAAUAUGACUGGACGUCAUGGCUACCCCAUUGUCUUCUUUGAGCGCCGAAUGUUGAUUCAUAUUCUUUACGACAAGACCCAAGGCAAGUCAAAAGUGCUCACAUCUCGGAGGGUCCAGACCGUCUAUACAAGCCAGUCUCACGUUACGGUCACCACCACAGAGGGACAAUCCUACAAGGGUGGCAUUGUCGUCGGAGCAGAUGGAAUCCAUUCGACGAUACGGCGACAGAUGUGGGAAGAAGCCAGGAAAAUAGAUCCAUCCGAGGAAAACGGCAUGCAGUCCCUCAACAUCAAGGCCACUCCUGGCUGA